GUAUAGAUAUCAGUGCUCACGAGUCUUUGCCAGGUCUUUGCAUAAAUUAGAUACGUCAUAAGUAACUCGUGAGCUCCGUAAGCUCUCGUUAAAAACCGCCAAAGGCCGCCUAAGUAAACCGUCCUUUCGACUCCUUCGCCUUGUUUGACCCAGUUUGAUAAUGAGAAAAACAUAACAUAAUAAAAGUCGACGACAAUCGACAGUUGUUGAGAGGCGAAGUUUAAGUAAAUUUAAAGUAAAUAAAUGAUAACUGAUAGUUUUCAUGCUUGGAAACAAUGUGAAAAAAGAGUAAUAAGUUGUCUUUUCACAAACAACUUUAAAUAUUUGGUAGGUGUUGCAUUGUACUAGAAUAGAAAAGCUGCUCUCCUAAUUCAUCUGUGUAAGGUAUUUUAAUCAACUCUAAAGAAGAGUUAGAGAUCAAAUAUUGUCAUAAAAUGGUUGAUAAAGAAAUAAAAACAAAUGUCAAUCCCCUGGAGCAGUUUAUUUUGUUGGCAAAAUCAGCAAGAGGUGCUGCAGUGGUAUCACUUGUUAACCAAGUGUUGGAAACAACUGGUAUAUAUGUCUUUGGUGAGCUGCUUAAUCAACCCAAUAUUCAAGAGUUGCAAAAAGGCGAUAAUGCAAAAUAUUGGACACUGUUAAACAUCUUUGCAUAUGGUAAAUAUAGUGACUAUAAAGCUAAUAUAAACUACCUACCAAAAUUAUCUCCGGCACAGACCAUGAAACUUCAACAUUUGACUAUUAUUAGCUUGGCAUCUGAAUCCAAGAACAUUUCAUAUAAAGUUCUCCUGAAAGAAUUAGAUAUUUCCAAUGUACGAGACUUAGAGGACUUGAUAAUAGAAGCAAUUUAUGCUGAUGUUAUUCAUGGUAAAUUGGAUCAAAAAAACAACCAGCUGGAAGUAGAAUUUUCUAUUGGAAGGGAUAUCAAAUCAGAAAAUAUUCCAUCAAUCAUAAAUGUUUUACUUGAGUGGUGCAGUAGUUGUGAAAAUGUUCUUCAUGGAAUAGAAAAUCAAAUUAAGAGAUCAAAUUCUUUUCGUGAUUCAAAGGCAGCUGAAGAAACUAAAUUUGACAAUGAAAUGCAAAAUUUAAAAGCAGCCAUUAAAGCAUCUGGAAGCACGCAAGAUUUUGACGAUAAUGUAAGAUAUGAGAACGGUCCGCCAUUCAUUCAUCCUACACAGAAGAAUCAACGAAGCCUAGAGGCGUCGAAGGGAUUAAAAGGAAAGUUUCUCAUGAACCGAAGAUAGAACGACGUGUAUCAAAUGAAGUUAUUACUAAUAUAUGACUGACUGACCGCAUCUCUAUUAAACUUUCGAAAAGUUAAUGUAUUCAAUGUAAAGAUAAGAUUAUAGAAAUCGUGAACAAUUACAUUAUAUUUCUACA